AGGUAUUAACUCCACUACGCUUCUCUCUCUGCAAUUACUCUUGAGAGCUUCUCUCUCUAGUAUAUUGAGUAUUGCUAACUUGAGCAUCGAAGUGUUUUCCUCGAGGAAACAUCCUUGGGAUUUUCAGGUGUUGAAGUAGUUGAAGAUUUCUAUUGUGGAAUCGCCCUCUAAGAGAUGACAUGGACGAACAAGAUAAUACUCAGCUUUUGGAGAGUGACCUAAAUGACUUUCGGCCAAUGCCGAGGAACCUUUUUGUUAGAAGAGUAGAAAAAGAACACUUGAGUGGAUCAAAUGAUCAAAGAAUGCCAACUAGGUAUGCAACCCAGCCCGAACAGUUUCAAAUUCUAACAGAAACAAGGCAGAGACAUCCCUUGCAUAGUACCUCACGAUGUAGUGGACCUGUGGAAUCUGCUCAGACGUCCGAGCUACAAGAACAAACCAGGGUCCUAGAAAAGGCCAUGGAAAGAAUACUUUCUUGUCUAAUCCCUGAUGACCCCUUGAUUCCCCUAUUGAAUAGGGGUGAACAGCCUGCAGAAAUGGCAACUCGUAAUUCCUUAGCCUUAAGCAACAUAGUCGUGCCGACCAGGCCGAGGGGAAGUGGGAAAUCAAACCCAAAGCCCACCUUAUCAAAACACAACAAGGAGUUGAUGAAGAAGAAUGCCGACCUCAAAAGACAACUCAAGGAUGUGCAAAGAUCUAUUGACGCGCUGAGAACAGAACCAUAUCAAGAGGGGUUCAAGAUUCCUCACUUAGAGACAUACGAUGGCUCUGGUGACUUGAACGAACACCUGCAUACUUAUCAGAGAUCCAGCACUGGGUCAAGAGACCACAUCCUCCAUUACAUGAUUCCCCAUGACCAGACAGAAGCAAGUAUUGUGACUAUCAUCGUGGAAUGGGAAAAUGCACCCAUCACGUUCAAUCUUGCUGACUAUAAACGAUCGGAUGGAGAGCCCGACAUUAUGAUGCCCCAUGCUAAUCCCUUUGUGGCAACAGUCCACAUAGGCAAUCAUAAUGUCAACAAAGUCUUCAUUAACACAGGCAGUUCUCCAGAUAUUAUGUAUUGGGGCUGCUCUCAAAAAAUGCAAUUGAACCCAACUUCGUUGAAGAAAUAUGAAGGGCCAAUCUACGGAUUCGACUAUCAGCCUGUCCUUGUUGAGGGAAUAAUCACCCUUCCCAUCUACGUGGGUGCUGAACCAUGGUUUAAGAUGGCAUCAGUGAACUUUUUGGUGGUUAAGAUAGAAUCAGCUUUCAAUGCUAUAAUUGGAAAAGCUACACUCUGCGAAUUGAAGGCUGUCAUAUCUCAACCACAACUUUGUAUGAAGUUCCCAACUCCUCAGGGGGUAGGAGUGCUCAAAAGGAACAAGAAAGUGGAUAGAACCUGCUAUCAUGACAUAUUUAAAAAGGUCGAGCUCGCAACGGCACCCAAGGCCUCUGCUUUAGAGGUUUCCAGGCCACGUCAACCAGGAAAAUUUCUAGGCUAUGUGGUGUCCAAGAAAGGAAUUGAGGUAAAUCCAGACAAGGUUCAGGUCAUGCAGCAAAUGGAACCUCCUAAAUCAGUCAAAGAUGUUCAACGUCUAACAGAUUGCCUAGGUGCCUUAUACAGAUUUAUUGCCAAGUCGACUGAGAAAUGCCUCCCAUUUUUCAAAGCUUUGAGAGAGCCCAAAAACUUCCAAUGGACUGAUGAAUGCCAGUGGGAUUUCGACGAACUCAAACAAUACCUGGCAUCACCACCCUUGCUCUCUAAGCCUAUUGAAGGAAAGAAGUUGUACUUGUAUCUAGGGAUCACAGAUGAGGCAAUUAGCUCAUUUCUGUUAAGGGAGUAAGAUAAACAUCAGAAACUCAU